AAAUGGGUGAUAUAGUCCCAAAUCAGCUGUUUGUCGCAGGGUACAGUCGUAGCAAAGUAUCCGGCGAUAAAGAUGUAAAGGAUAUCUUCAAAAAGUAUGGAACAAUUAAAGAUGUUGCAUAUAAGGGAUCCUACUCAUUUGUAGUAUGAAGUUGAUUCAAAUUUAAGACUUUUAGUAGUGAACAAGAAGCUUUGGAUGCCUUGAAGGCUACCAAUGGACAAACCUAUAAUGGAUAGAAAUUGAAAGUUGAUGUAGUUGACAACAGGAAGGGAAGAAAGAGUGGACCCAAUGACGAUGAUAAAUGUUUCAAAUGCAGUAAAGGUGGGCAUUGGUAUAUAAAUUCGGUAUAUUCUCAAGGGCUCGUAAUUGUCCUAAUGGAAGAUCACCAAGAAGAAGUAGAAGAAGAUCUAAUUCGCGCUCAAAGUAUGCAAAGCUAUUUUAAUUAGGAGGCGUCAUAGAAGGUCUGAUUCUAGAUCUUACUCGUCACACUCCUCAUCUAGAUCUAGAAGAAGAAGAUAUCAAAACAGAAGAAAGAGACAUAGCAGAAGUCCAAGAAGAGAAGGAAGACAAAAAAAGCGAAGUAUUAGUCCUAGAAGAUCACCCUCGGAUUCAGGAUCAUCCAAGAGACAGAAUUCAAUAUCUUGAUAAAAAGUGGGAAAAACAAUUUAUUACAAAAGAAU